AUGGACGACGAAACAGAUCAACCUGAGAAUUUUGAGAAUUCGCCUAAACGAGAUGGCGCUGAAGGUGGCCAACAAAACCUGGCGCACCCUCUUGAGAGGCGGAAAUCGCUGGCACCGAUGGCCAGACGAAAGUCUUCCGUUUUUCGGCGCCGGUCGAUCGCCGUCGAAGGGCUGGUGAUGCAGGACGAAUUGCAGCGCGAGAUGCGAGGCAUGGACAUGAUGGAGGACGCCCUGAAGGCCAAGUGGGCGCAGGCCCUGGAGACGCACAAGGAGAACUUCAAGAUCAAGAUGGAGAUGAAAAAGCUGCAAGACCUGGAGGACCAGAAGAACAAGUCGCUGGUGCAGGAGGUGCGUGCGGUGCGAGACCAGAAGACGGCCAUGAGCGUCCAGGCCAACCUGGAGGAGCGAAAGGAGAAGGUGGAGGAGUUUAAGAAGCGAAGAGUCACCAUCGUCAUGCAGGCUAAGAGAGAGGAAAAGGAGAAGGAGCAAAACAAAAGGGCCUGGAUCAACCUGAUGAGGGACAUCAAGAAUUUGCAAAAGGCUAAAAAGCACGAGCUGGAGGAGGAGAGGCGAAGGCAGUUCAGCAUGCAGAUGGAGAGGCAGAACUCCAUCAAGGAAAAGUUGGAAAAACGACAGGCCGAGCAGAGAAAGUCUCAGGUCGAGUGGCAGAGACGCAUUUCCGUGUUCAAGGAGAAGAAAAAGGAGGAGAAGAAAAGGUACAAGAAGCGUCUGCGACCUCCGACCGAGACUGAGAACCGUUUCAAGCGGAUGCAGCGCGAGGCCAAGAUGCGUGCGCAACGCGAGGAGAUGCGCAAAAAGCGGCUCGAGGAGGAGCAGCGUUUGGCCAAGCGGAAGCGCUACAUCGUCGAGUUGGCACGCAGGGCAGAGGUCAAUGCCCGCAUCGAGUACACACGCAAGCGGCAGGAGCUGAACGACUUUCGGCAGAGCGUGGCCAUGCACAAGAUCAGGCAGGAGUACGAGGCCAAGGUGGCCGUGCAAAAGGCGGAGAAACGAUUCAGCGCCAAAAUGGUCAGAAUGCUCAAGCAGAACGACAAGUACAUGCAGCAGCUGCGCGAAAAGGCCAUCAGGUGA